AUGGCUUUCGUUGGAGAUCAGUUCUUCCCUCAGAUGGAUGCAAACCCUACCGAGUGGGUUGACUUUGAUCAAUUCCUCGACCUUCCUGCCGGGUACGGGGAGGUAUCGCCCUCAGAAACUACCAUCUCUCCCCAGGAUUUGGCUCUACCUUACGAAGAUGAUCAGAGCUUCAUCUUCACUCCUUCUCCCUCCGAGCCCCCGCAGUCCACCUGGACAGGUAUGACCAACCCCCUGACCCAGGAGGAUACGAUGGGCUACUCGAUGGAUGGAGGGUACAUGCCAGACCCCGCUGCGCCUUUGUUCGACGAUGAUUCCGUCUCGGGGUACAACCCGUAUGACAGUACAAUGACAUUCCGGAAUCUGGUGGAGGCGCAGGCUGCCGCCGACCCGCGUGUCGCUUCUAUCAAGGAGAAGCGCCGCGAAGCAGCAAUCGCAUUGCAUCUCCAGCGUCUGUGUGAUGCCACAGCUCUCGAUCUGGAUAUGUCGUCGGACUCCAACACCAGCUUCUCAUCCCCAAGCUGGUCCGACUACAUGCGCGGAAGCACAUCCCCUCAACCAGCGCGCCCAAGCGUGGAGAACACAUCCGUCCCCGGGGCAUCCCCUCCGGGAGCUAUGGAGAUGGUUCUUGACCUCAACAUGAACGCCACCGCCAACGUUCCGAAAAAGCAAAAGCCUCGUUCUCAGGCACAGAGAGAGAACUACAUCAAGGCUCGGAAGUAUGGAGCCUGUGAGAAGCACAAGAAGCAACACAAGCGAUGCAACUGCCUGGAAAAGGCUGCUGCCCGUGCCGGAGUCACCGACGUACCGACAGAUGCCGCGUUCCAAGAAAGGCCAAGGCAACCAAUGCUUCAUGUGCCAAUUCUUCCCGAGGCGCGCUAUUCGGGAACCAUGAGCCACGAUCCAGUCCUCAGCUCACCUCAAGUACUCCCGACCGUCAAGGCGAUCAGGAAGCCAGCAAGCAGUUCGUCGGGACACGAUCCGUCGAUGGAACUUCCUGCUGUGACUCGAUCUUCCAGAGGAAUUCUUCAGACAACCGAGACCCCAAAGAGCACAUCGCCGGGACACUAUACGGUUCUUGUAUCUGGGAAGCCAGCGUUCAAGACCUCAUCGGGUCACGAUAUUGUUCUUUCUACGGGAAAAGCUGUUGCGAAGAAUAUAUCACCGGGACACGACACGGUUCUUGGAUCUGGAAAACCAGAUUUCAAAACCUCAUCGGGUCACGACAUUGUUUCCACGUCGGGAAAGAGUGCUGCGAAGAGUACAUCACCGGGACACGAUGUCGGUCUCCCCGAAGGAAGACAAUGCAACUCCUCCUUGGCAUCCCAGUCAAGUCCCGUAUCUCGGAAGCCCGCUGGCAACUCGGCCCUGCGGUGGCGCGUAUCGACCCCCGCGUCGAUUGGUGGUGUUGCCACUUCCACUGGAGAACUUCAACAGUCGUCACCCAACCAAUCAACCCCUGGCACGCUCUGUCAUCCAGUACUGGAUGUGCGGCCUAGGACCACUCGGUCGUCUCGUACCGCGGACAACGUCUCUGUCCCAACGACAAGCGUACCAGGUACACUUCAAGGAGCGAUCCCAGGGGCUAUUGCCGGAAACCAAAGGUUCCGUCACUCCCCACUGGCAGUUUGGAACUCUGGUGUCAUGGAUGUGCGUGGGCACUAUGGUCAGCACAAUGCCUCCGAGGCAGUUGCCAGAUCAUCCGCGCCUGUCUCUGGCGGUUUGCGAUCCGUACCAAGGGACCAGCUACCCGUGCCGUCUCGGCGCGGUGCUCCCGAUGUCUUUGGAAACGGCCUCGUUCGGUCGCUUUGCGAAAGUGUUGGUGGUAUUACUUCCACUAUUGUUUUGGUGCUUUCUGGUGGUCUCCAAAACUCGUCGGGUGCCUGGCUUUCGCCAGCGUCCUUGGCUGCUUCUUCUGAGAACAUGAUCAGCAAGUGCCUAUCUUUUUCUGGUAGACAUUUAAUGUCUGCUAAGAAUAACUUACAUCUGCUCGGUAUGCGGACCACUUGGUUCGUAUAA